UCGCAGCGAGACCUUACUAAAACGAAGCUUUUUUUUUUUGGCUUUUCUCCACUCUCCAGCUGCCGCUCCAAAGUAGUACAAAACACUAACACGCCAUUGUUUCCUGUCUGUUGGACACUCUGCUCGCUUCUUUUUUCCCUACUCUUCAAUCAACAGAUGCAGUACGUCAAGCCUUUAAACUUGUUCCAAAAUUUGCUCAAAGCAAAAGCACCGGAACCAGGUCGGUUGCUUGGUUUAGAUGUUGGUGAUAAGUAUGUUGGACUAGCAGUCUCAGACCUCGAUAAUAAAAUUGCCUCACCUCUAAGUGUUCUGGUUCGGAAGAAAUCAAAUAUUGAUCUGAUGGCUACCGAUUUUCAAAGCCUGAUCUCUGAACUUUCCCUGGUGGGCUUCAUUGUUGGCUAUCCAUUUGACAGACAACGACUCGCCCCUGAUGCUACACAAGUGAAGCUAUUCAUUGAUGACAUGUCUAAAACAGGAAAACUUGAUGGGGUAAAGUACACGUUUUGGGAUGAGUGCUUUACAUCGAAGAAUGUGGAAUUGCUGCUAAAGCCUUUGAGUUUGCAUCCAACACUAGCAAAAACUAUUGUUGAUAAGUUUGCCGCUGUUCAAAUUCUUCAGGCGUACCUAGAUUAUGCAAACAAGAAGGAAAAGUUAGAAAAAGCAAGGUGAGAUAUCAAUCAGCAAAUGGGCGUACGUUAUGUCAACCAUUUAUCCAAUGAACCCUAGCUUUGUGAGUAAAAUGCUGGAGUGCUGUUUGCCUAUGCUGAUUCACCUUCAAGUUAUGAAAAACCAUUUUAUUGCCAAUUCUCCAACAAAACAGCUCUGGCCUAGCGAAAGUAAACGUUUCUGCCAUUAAUUGUACUCGUAAUAUCUUAAUCUUAUAUAUGACUGCAGUCUACAGUUUAUUAUUAAUUAGGCGGGCAUGAACUUCAGCUAAACUCUAGAAACAAAAUGGUGUAUUGUAGGGGAAAACAUUGUAAAGAAAAUGCUGAGGGAAUUUAUAGUUUAUUGCAUUUUCUUGUUAAAAAGUGGUACACCCAAAUUU